AUGUCUGCAAUCAUAGAAUUGGAUAAAGAACUUGAACCCGAAAUUAUCGAGAAAAAAGUGCUGAAUAAUUCUGAAAAUAGCAAUUAUUUAUUAAAAGUGCAGGCACUGUUUAAAGCGUAUUAUGCUAACAAGUUUUUUAGCUUGCUAAAGACGAAGACUUCAAUUCCAAAUACUGAAUUGUUUACAGUAUUUUCAUCCUUCAAAAAUUAUUUCUCAAAUUAUCUUCGUAGUGAGACAUUAGAUUAUUUGGAAAAAUUUGGAAUGUAUUUUAAGCCUGAAAUAUUAACAGAUAAAUCAUGGGCUGGGCCCCUCACUACGGAUUUUACGCAUUUUUAUUAUGGAGAAACAGAUGAGAAAAAGGUUCCUUAUGGCUCUGGAGUUUUAAUUUCAUUCAAUUACAUUUACGAAGGAUGAUUUUCAAAUGGCAAAUUUGAAGGAAAAGGUAGAAUGAUAGAUGAUAAGCAAGGAGUUUAUGAUGGAGAUUGACAAUCAGGUCAAAAGCAUGGAAAUGGAACUAUGACUUAUUGAAAUUGCUCAAAAUACUCAGGAAACUGAGAAGAUAAUAAAAAGCAUGGGCAAGGAGCGCUAGAUGAGCAAAGUUCACACUAUGAAGGGUGCUUCGAAAAUGACUUAAAAUGUGGAUAUGGAGAGCAAACGUUUAAAAAUGGAACAUGAUACAAAGGAAACUUUGUCAAUGGGCUUUAUGACGGAAUCGGUACGCUCAAUAAUAAGCAAAGUAAUGAGUCAUAUGAAGGUGAGUUUAACUGCGGCUCCUUUGAUGGAAAAGGCACAUUAAUAAUGCCUGAUGGGUGAACUUACGUUGGCGACUUUAAAAAUGGGAAUAGAUCUGGCUUUGGGACUCUUAAAUCUAGUGAAGUUCGAUAUGAAAGUAAAUGAAUUAAUGAUGAGCCGUUUGGAGAGUACAAUAAGUAUUCAUCAAAGCAAUAUGUUAUAAAAGGUGUUUGGAAAAAAUUUCUGCCUGUAAAUCAUAUGGAUGAAGUAAUACAAAAUAUAUUUCUGGGAAAUUUUUUAGCAGCUACUAAUGGAAAGUGACUAAGAGAAAUUGGAAUAAAAUAUAUAAUAAGAGUUUUAGAUGACGAAAAAGUUGAGCUACUACCAGGAUUUAUAUAUUUUUAUAUAAAAGCUAAGGACACUAAAACACAAAAUAUUAAAAAAUAUCUACCUGGAGCCCUAGAUUUUAUAGAUGAUCUAAUUAAAAAAAAUGAAAAGGUUCUUGUACAUUGCUAUGCAGGAAUUUCAAGAAGUCCUUCAAUUGUGAUAGCACUCAUAAUGAGGAAUUUUAGAAAAACCUUUGAUGAAGCUUACGAAUAUCUUAAAGAAAGAAGGCCCUGCAUUCGCCCAAAUAAAGGUUUUAUUAAGCAACUGAAAGAGCUAAAAUUUAAGAAGAAAUCUUAA